CCACCACCAUGAACGUCCUCACCACCGCGUCGCGUCGUCUCGCUUCUGGAAGCUCUAGAGCUUAUCUGACACGUCCUGUAGCUUCAUAUGGCUAUAGGUCUGCGCGCACUGUGACUACGUUGUCAGAGACCAAGUACACCGCAAAGGCAACUGCUACUGGUGCAGGUCGUAACGGCACUGUAGAGUCCAACGGGCUCAGCUUAAACCUUGCUACACCCAAAGAACUGGGAGGAACUGGAAACGGGCAGAACCCAGAGCAACUCUUCGCCAUGGGCUAUGCUGGUUGCUUCCUCGGUGCCGUCCAAUUCCAGGCUAAACAGCACGGAAGACCAGAGGUUGGAGAGAAAGCCAAAGUCCACACAGAAGUUCAUAUUGGCACGCCGACUGGAGGUUCUGGAUUCGGUCUUGCCGUCGAUAUCACCGUCGAGGGUGUCGACCAGGAGAUUCUGCAGGCUGCUCACGCUAUGUGCCCAUACAGCCGCGCCACCAAGGGCAACAUCGUCGUCAACGUCAAGUCCGCUUGAAUUCUUCCAAACAUGAAAUUGAAGUGAUUCCGAAUUUACCCUCGCUGGGUUAUGUAUGUACUAAAAAUAAUACGAUUUCUUUUAGUACCGUCA